AUGAGGCCAAAGAAAGUGAAGCGAGAGUCACGCACUGUAGCACGCACCUCGUCUGCGGCCCGCAAAGACGAUAUCAAACCCGUCUGGGUGGCAAAUCCGGCAUCUGGAAUCACCUUGGCUCGAAAGACCAGAAGUAGCAUCACGACAUACUCAUACGUUCCGCACUCGACCACGAGUCGGCUGCAAAAGAGGAUCGCACAAGGCGCGGCUAGGUCCAUGAGCGAUUCGAAGCGAUUCAAACCCGGUGCAGCUAUCAAGCAGGAGUCUGACCGUGGCUAUCCUUCAACUCUGGAACCAACACGGUCCCUCUCUCGAUCAGAGGAGGUAGCAGACACGGUGUACAUCGAGUGGACGCUUCCUCCUCCGCCACCGCACGCACCCGGCGCACGAUCCUUCAAACCUCGUCUGGUAUGGAACGUAGCCGGUUUCGAUGUCAACUCCCUCAAGUCCAAGCCGGACGACAUCCCUUCUUUCGAACGCAGCGCUUGGGUGGGCCUCAACACCCACCGCUACGUCAUCACCUCGGAUCUGUAUCCCAAGGACGCUGUUCAAGAAGCGGACCGGGCAGUCGACCUCAAGCGUUGCCUACUGGCGAUUUUUCGACUCAACCACUGGGCCACGGGGGAGGAGGCGAAAGUGUCCUUUCCCCGACUGUCUAAGAUCAAGCACUCGUUUGUGGAUAUACGUUUUGCCACGAGGGAGCAGUAUGAAGCGGUGAAAUAUGGUCAUUCGCUCUUGCGACUCGGCACGGAUGUGCUGCGACCUAUGACACACGGGGCGUUCAUCGAGAAGGAAUGGAUGCUGGUGCAGUUCGCACAUCCUAUUAUUUGUAAGAAGGGCGAUGAGACGCUGAACGACGACGAGCGGGCACAGCUGACGGCCUUCGCAAUCAAAGCCAAGGACUCGGUGAAUAGAAGCUGCUUUGGCCUAGGCCUGGUAGGAAGAGUGGCGGCGGUUUGGGUGAACGAAGAUGACUAUCCGCACAAUGCGGAGCAGGAGAAUGGCCAGGGACUGGAGCGACGACCCAGAUAUACGAUGCUGUUGAGACGUCGUUUGGCAGACCAGCAAGUCGCUAUCCCCCCAUAUCUCCAGGUCGAGGAUCGUCCCCCGUUCGUCCCGGACUACGACGAAGCAGAAGGGUUCUGGGAUGGGUACGUGAAGCUUUGGUGGGAUGGCAGGCCGAUUGACCUGUGA